ACAUGAAUUAAUCAGGAAUUUAAAGACGGAAUCACGGAAAUCCAAUCUCUGAAAUCCACCUGCAAUGCAGAAAUGAAGAGGCGGGAAGCCCUAGAAUCGACUGUCCACUUUCUUCAGUCAGAGAAUGAGCGUCUGACAGAGCGAUACACGGAAUCGCUUCACAAAUUUGCUGCUCAGAUUGAACUUCGGACCAAUUAUAGAAGCUUGAAAGAGGAUUUCAAGAGAGUGACAGAUGAACUUUCCCAAAAGGAAAUUGAAUAUAAGAACGCAGUUGAAUGGCUUAAACAAGAUCACAUGACAAAGAUUGCAGACUUGGAAUCUCAGAUCAGAGGUUUCCAAAUGCAAAAGGUGGCGAAUGAAGCAGCUGCUAGUCAGCUUCACCAAGAUUUAGCUGUACACAAGAACCAUAUAGAUAUGCUGACAAGAAGAUUGGAGCAAGUUUGCUCCGAAGUAGAAUCCAGAUACUGCUACGAGAUUCAGGGUUUAAAGGAUUUGCUGCUGAUUGAGCAAGAAGAGAAAAAUGAAUUGAACAAGAAGUUUCCGGAUUUGGAAAAAGAAUUGUUUAUGAGCCAAUCAAAGCUGGCUGAACUGCAACGAGACUCAACUUCAAAUCAACACAUGGAGACACUGAAGCAGAAGAUAAUGAAACUUCGGAAGGAGAACGAGGUACUUAAAAGGAAGCUAGCUGAUUCUAAAGAGAGUUAGUAUCAGGAAUUCGCCGCUGUGCUGUUCCCAAGGACUGGCAAAAUCUAAAUAGCGAAAUUCUUGGGUCAUCUCAAUGGGUUCAGAAACCACACGUUUCUCUGGAUCAUCAUAGCGUCAUGUCCACUCAAAGGAGGGUCUUUUCGUAAUGGAUGACCCUCGAAACCAUAAUCCGUUGAUAUAUGAUGUAGAUUUGGAUGAUUGAUGGAAGAAACGCCAAACAUAUCCGAAACUUCUCGCUCCCACCGGCGGGCUGAUGGAAAUGGACUUACUCUUGUACUAAGGUUAUCCUUUUAAGUGUAAUCUUCAAGAGGUAAAGUUAUUUACCAUGUUUUGAUGCUAAAUUAAUAUGUCUAUGUUCUAGAAAGAUUUAGUGGAAGACAAUAUAUAUGCUUUAUGUUGUAAAAAGUUAUAUGCACAGCAUCAAC